AUGGCAAUCACCUCUCCAGAAGCACCCUGGGUGCCCAUCGCCCGUCGCAAGCAAGGCCAUCGGAACGCCUGUAUCCCGCCACAAUGGCGCAUACCCUCCGCUCACUUGCCUAAAGACCCUCCGCGCUUCGCGGACGGACUUCAAAGUGCCCUAGAUGUCCCUUCGAAAGUGUUGUCCAAGGAAGAAAUCAAGAUCACCGAGGACUACACCGUCGCCACAUUCCUCGAGGCGAUAUCACGCCGACGGUUCUCCGCCGAGACGGCGAUAGACGCUUUUUGUCAUCGAGCAGCGGUGGCACAUCAGUUGACGAAUUGCUUGACCGAGCCCUUGUUCAAGCAAGCUGCAGAGCGUGCGAGGUUCCUGGAUCGAUAUCUGGAUGAGCAUGGGACCACCCUUGGUCCUUUGCACGGCUUGCCGGUCAGUGUCAAAGAUACGUUCGAUAUCAAAGGAGUCGAUAGCUCCACCGGUUUGGCGGCAUUGUGCUUCAAGCCGGCCGAGAAAAAUGCACCUCUGGUGGAUCUUCUAUUGUCGUUGGGAGCAGUCAUUGUGGCCAAGACCAAUGUGCCGCAGACGUUGUCAAGCCUCGACAGUAUAAACAACGUCUUUGGAAGAACGAUGAACCCUGUCAAUCGACUUUGCACAGCGGGUGGAAGCUCCGGAGGGGAGGGUGUCAUGGUGGCCAUGAAAGGCUCUCUCGUCGGGUUUGGCACCGAUCUUGGUGGUAGCGUGAGAAUUCCAGCCAUGGCGAAUGGAGUUUAUAGUUUCAAACCGAGCAACUCGAGGCUACCAUACGGUGGACAAGCAGUGUUGGUGACCGAAGGCAUGACCAGGCUGGGUGUGCAACCCGUGUCAGGUCCACUGGCGCGGAGCAUCGACGAUAUCAACUUGAUCAUGAAAGAGCUGGUACCAAGGGCCGGCCUGUGGGGGGAAGAUUGCGUGUUUGGCGAGUGGAAUGAUGCUCAAGGCCGCCUCCAAGGAGCUGGGCCGAACGGAGAGAUUGUCAUCGGUGUGCUGCGAUGUGAUGGGAACUGCACCAUACUACCACCCGUGGACCAAAUUCUUUCUGAAGUCACAUCGAGCCUGAAAAAGCAGCCAAACAUCAAGGUUGUCGAAGUUUCGACUCCAACGGCAUGGACCCAGUCACAGAGUGUCAUGGACAACCUGAUCAGCAUCGACGGCGGUGUCCUCAUGGGAAAGCUCUUAGAGUCCACGCAAGAACCGCUGGUUCCCUGGAUGCAAUCGAGAUUCAAAACCAGCGAGCCCUGCCAGCUUACAGAAGUGGCUCGGUUACAAGCUAGGCGCACGGAACUCGAGUAUGAGAUGCUACAGAUCUGGUCAGAAGUGGAUAGAUAUGGCAGGAGGACGAGGAAACUCGACGCCAUCAUUUGCCCUGUGGCACCUCACCCUGUGCCCGAGAUUGACAGAUACAACACUUUGGGCUACACGAACGUUUUUGUCAUGUUCGAUUAUCCUGCAGGCACCAUCCCCAUUAGAGAUGUGGUCGAGCAAGAUCUUCGCCUGGGACAGCCACUCGGGGGGGAAUCGUUAAGUAUCUCGGACGCUGGGUGCCGAGAGUUGUGGGACGAGAGAACUGUCAACAGGAAAGUAUACCUGGGCACCUCACUGAGCAUACAAGUCGUUGUACCGCGACUCGAGGACGAGAAAUUGGGGAGAAUCAUGACUUUGAUUGAUAGAGUGGUGAAAGGCCACACAACCGGUCCCAAACUUCCUGAAUGA